GUUUUGUAUUUUUUAAAAUAAAAAUAAGUGAAAAGAUAUAAGCGAGUCGUUUCCCAACUCUAAUAAGACGGUGGCGGCGGCGGGGAAACAUCGAUGUUAGCUCUAUUCCGAGUAGAACGUGCUCUGAAUUUCACAAUCCCAUAUCAUAUAUCCAAGUCAGCUCCCUACUUUCAGAAAUGCUACUCGUGUGGUGGUAUGAACAAUAACUAUAAAAUGAUUGGUGGAAGCAGUAAUAAAACAUCUGCAGAGAAGAAAAAACAUAAAUCGAUUGCUUCUGUAUGGAGACCCGUGUCUAUGCAGUCUUGUUCAGCUGAUGAUCGCCAUGGUGGAGCUGAAGUAGGUAGUAAACUGGCUGAACCACAAAUUGGUCCUGCAAUAUUACCUGAUAAAGAGGAAGACAAUGCAUUCAAAGGGUCAGUGUCUUCUACAGAUAAACAUUCAAUCUCUUUAGAGGUAGGGUCUUCCUUGUUUCGGUUCAUCAAAGGAAAAGGGGGUUAUGUGCAAUCAAAAAUUGAAGAAGAGAUGGGGGUUAAAAUAAUAUUUCCAUCAUCAAGAAAGGAAGAAUCAAUAAUCAUCGAAGGCACUUCUCCUGAUAGUGUAACUAGAGCUUCAGAAAGAAUACAACUCAUAAUUGACGAGACUGUCAAAAGCUCAGCUCUUGACUACUCACACUUCAUAUCACUUCCACUGGCUAUACAUCCUCAAUUGGUUGAUAAGCUUGUCAACUUUCAAAAUUCAAUAUUAGGGUUACAUGAUAAUUCUUCCAAUGAAGAUACAUCAGAAGAAGAAAACGGGGACAAAAAAUUAGGUGAAUCUACUCUCACACUUAAAGCUCAAGAAGACAGUGGAAAUGUGAAAGUGGAUGUUACUAAAAUACCCCUUGUAAGUUAUCCCCCAAAAUCCUCUGCUACAUCCACCUCAGGCUCAAAGCCAAAGACUUCCACAUUAUCCGAAUUAGGAAUAGAUAAAUCGAUUUUUAUCAAGCCAAAGACAUUUCACUUAACUGUGCUCAUGUUGAAGUUGUGGAACAAGGAGAGAGUUGAUGCUGCUGUCAAGAUAUUUGAGGGCAUUGCAGGUGAAAUAACGGAUGCAUUAGAUGGCCGAGCUGUAUCUAUUAAACUUAAUGGGCUAGAUUGCAUGAGAGGAUCUCUUGCUAAAGCUCGUGUUCUUUAUGCUCCUGUUGAAGUAAUUGGUGGUGAAGAUAGGCUUUUGCGGGCUUGCAAAGUCAUCACUGAAGCUUUCACGGAAGGUGGCCUUGUUCUUGAAAAAGAUGCCAAACAAACAUUAAAGUUGCAUGCAACGGUUAUGAAUGCGAGACACAGGAAAAGGACUAAGACGACAAAAAAGUAUGAUUCAUUUGAUGCUCGUGGUGUUAUGGAGAAAUAUGGUUCAGAGGAAUGGGGGGAGUAUUUGAUCCGUGAAGUUCAUCUUUCACAAAGGUUUGUGUUUGAUGAAGAUGGCUACUACCAUCGUUGUGCCUCUAUUCUGCUCCCUCAGAAUGUGCAAGUAGAUUAGUUAUUUGUUUUUGAUUAAUGAUUUGAAGAUCAUGGUCAUUUUGUUGAAUAUUUUGUAUGAGUUGCUAAUAGGUGAAUAAAUAUGUAUGAAAGGUUUUUGUUUUCAAACGUUAUAG